AUGAAGGUCAGCAAGAACAAGCAUCUUACAAAAGGAGGCAAAAAUGGAGCCAAAAAUGAAAUGGUUGAUCAAUUUUCUAAGAAAGAUUGGUAUGAUGUGAAGGCACCUGCUAUGUUCAAUAUAAGAAAUACUGGGAAAACACUAGUCAGCAGGACUCAAGGAACAAAAAUUGUAUCCAAUGGCCUCAAAAGUCAUUUGUUUUAA